GCCAGUAAGUGUCAGGCAAGGUGUGCUGCUGCUGCUGGGAUACCGCAUGCAAGGACACAUCCCAGCCCAGCUCAUUACACCAGGCGGGAGGAAGGAGGGGGAUCGGGGAUGUGAGCUUGUCCUAGCAAUCCUUCCUGAACCAGCAGCAGCACGGCUGGAGCACAGGAGGGAGCAGCGCAGGUCCCUCAGCAGCCGGACACCUAGGUGCCUUUUAUAGGCAGACUGCCCCUUUUUCAGACCAAAGGCUGAAAGGAGCAGCAGCAGGAUCCGACAGACUCCUACCAGACACACGGUCUCUCCAGUGCUGCACUCUGUGGGUACUGAGGAGAGAGGCACUGACUAGAGAGGCAUUGAGGAGAGGGAUGGACCGCUUAUAACUCUCCUGUGCGGGAAACGACUUGCAGGCUGGCAGAGGCAUACUUCACUCACUCCUGUGCCAGUGCCAGCAGCUGUGUGUAGAUGCCCUCUCUGUGCCCGGCUGCACCGAUGUGUGUGGAGGAGAGCGCCCUGGGCUAGGGGAGCUAUGGCCAUAUAGCGGGUGCUGUGGAAGCAGUGUGGUGAGGAUGAUGUGAUUGGAGGCUCCUGUGUGGACCGGUGGUGUGUCAGCGCUGUUCACAGGCAUUACUGCACCGAUCUGACCGCACAACUCUGCAAUCUGUAUUACCCAGGCGGCUCCUGGACUCACGUAUCUGUGCCAACACAGAGCUGGAUGUACAUUGUAUAAAUCUGCACCUGUCCGGUCACCAUGAGCUCAGUGACAGGAAAUAAAGAGAGGCUUCCAGUCACCUCCAGGAGCAGAAAAUAUGGGGUCAAUGAGGUCUGCUCCCCCACAAAAUCAUCAGCACCCUUCUCUCCAGAGAGCUGGUACAGGAAAGCCUAUGAAGAGUCCCGAGCUGGUAGCAGACCUGCACCGGAGGGUGCAGGGUCCAUACCAGGCUCGUCUGGCACCCCAUCCCCUGGUUCUGGCACUUCUUCUCCUGGUUCCUUCUCUGGGUCUCCUGGGCCUGCAUCUCCCGGGAUAGGCAACAGCUCUCCAGGGUCACUGGGAGGCUCUCCAGGAUUUGGCACAGGGUCUCCUGGUUCUGGAAGUGGCGGAGGAUCAUCUCCUGGAUCUGAUAGGGGCGUCUGGUGUGAGAAUUGCAAUGCACGUUUGGUAGAACUGAAGAGGCAGGCCCUUAAACUGCUGCUGCCCGGGCCCCACUCCAGUAAGGACCCAUCCAUCACUAUCGGCAUACAUGAUAAGCUGCAAGUACCAAACACCAUCAGAAAGUCCUGGAAUGAGAGAGACAACCGUUGUGAUAUAUGUGCCACUCACCUAAAUCAGCUGAAACAGGAAGCUAUCCAAAUGGUCACAUCUCUCGAGCAGUCUGCCAAUGUUGAACUCUGUGAUGCUGCGUCUCCUGGUUCUCCUCCAGGACAUUCUAAUAUUCCAGCCAUGGCGGGUCCAAGACAUAUGGGGAGUCUGCAGCCAAGGGACUGGGUGUACAUGCCGAACCCAUACACCACACCAAAUUAUCCCGGCUUCGUGGUCAACAAGCAUGGUGGUAAACCUAACAGCCUCGGGCUUGGCAAUGGUCAAGAUAAGAAAAAUGGAUCUCCUUCACACCAAGCCAAAGUCAGCCUUCAAAUGGCCACAAGCCCAAACAAUGGCAACAUCUUAAAUUCAGUAGCUAUUCAAGCUCAUCAGUAUCUUGAUGGUACUUGGUCUUUAUCAAGAACUAAUGGUGUGACCCUGUACCCCUAUCAAAUCUCUCAGCUGAUGACCGACACUGGUCGGGAGGGUCUCACCGAGGCAGCGUUGAACCGUUACAACACUGAUAAACCCUCCGUAUACAGCUUCCCUGCAUCACACACUACCUUUGUUACAAGUGAAACAUCUACUGGAACCUCAGUGGCUGCAUCAUUUUUUGCGAGGGCUGCAGAGAAAUUAAAUCUGUCUUCCAAAAAGAAGAAGCAGAGGACAGCUCCUUCACUGGUGUCAGAGCCCCCACUUUUCUCCACAAGCUUCUGCGGAAUUCUACAGACUUGUCCUCCGCCUGCACCGCCAUGUUUAUUAAGGGCUGUCAAUAAAGUGAAAGAUACUCCUGGACUAGGAAAAGUGAAGGUCAUGGUGCGCAUUUGUUCCACACUCGUGGGAGAGUCCACCGAUUCCAGUUCUUUCCUUAAAGCUGAUCCAAGGAAGAAACAGAUUACGCUGUACGACCCAUUGUCCUGCGGGGGGCAGAAUGCAUUCCAAAAGAGAGGGACCCAAAUACCACCAAAGAUGUUCGCCUUUGAUGCAGUGUUUCCUCAGGACGCCUCACAGGCGGAGGUGUGCGCUGGUACGGUGGCUGAAGUCAUCCAGUCCGUGGUGAAUGGAGCAGAUGGAUGUGUCUUUUGCUUUGGCCAUGCCAAGCUUGGCAAGUCAUAUACUAUGAUUGGCAAAGAUGACUCCAUGCAGAAUCUUGGCAUCAUCCCUUGCGCUAUUUCAUGGCUCUUUAAAUUGAUUAAUGAACGGAAGGAAAAGACAGGAGCUCGGUUUUCAGUUAGAGUGUCAGCGGUGGAAGUGUGGGGGAAGGAGGAAAACCUGAGAGAUCUGCUGUCAGAAGUGGCAACAGGCAGCCUGCAGGAUGGUCAGUCUCCUGGAGUCUAUCUGUGUGAGGACCCAAUAUGUGGCAUGCAGCUGCAGAACCAGAGUGAAUUGCGGGCCCCCACUGCUGAGAAAGCUGCUUUUUUCCUAGAUGCAGCUAUUGCCUCUCGUAAGAGCAGCCAACGGGAGGAAGAUGACCACAGAAACUCUCACAUGCUCUUUACUUUGCACAUUUAUCAGUAUCGUAUGGAGAAGAGCGGGAAAGGAGGCAUGUCGGGCGGUCGCAGUCGAUUGCAUCUUAUUGAUUUAGGAAGCUGCGUAAAGGUGCAGAGUAAAAAUAGAGAUGGAAAUACAGGGCUAUGUCUCUCUCUCUCAGCUCUCGGCAAUGUCAUUCUUGCUCUGGUCAAUGGUAGCAAGCACAUCCCAUACAAAGAGAGCAAGCUCACAAUGUUACUCCGGGAGUCUCUGGGGAACAUGAACUGCCGCACUACAAUGAUAGCUCACAUUUCGGCUGCUGCAGGAAACUACGCUGAGACUCUGUCCACUAUCCAGAUUGCUUCCCGGGUGCUGAGGAUGAAGAAAAAGAAGAGCAAGUACACAUCAAGUUCAUCUGGAGGAGAAAGUUCCUGUGAGGAAGGACGAAUGCGUAGGCCAACUCAGCUGAGACCAUUUAAUUCAAGAAAUGUGGUUGAUCCUGACUUUCCUCUUCUCAGUUUAUCCAGUGACCCAGAUUAUUCUUCAAGCAGUGAACAGUCAUGUGAUACAGUUAUUUAUGUUGGCCCCAAUGGAACAGCCUUAUCCGACAAGGAAUUGACAGACAACGAGGGACCACCUGACUUUGUUCCUAUAGUUCCAGUUUUGCAAAAGACAAAGAAUGAAGUAAAACUGGAGGAAGUAAAUGAAGUGGUCCCCAACAAGCCAGAGAGAGAUUGUCUAAAGUGUAAUACUUUUGCAGAACUGCAGGAGAGGUUGGACUGUAUUGAUGGUAGUGAGGAAACAAAUAGAUUCCCCUUUGAAGAGGUACAAACUCAGUAUGAUGGAGACCAAACAACCAAAGGUUUAUGUCUAGUGACUGAACCAAAAAAUAUAACAGAAUCAACUAAAGAAGAAAGUAUUUCAGAGAAUAUUCAUUCUGAUAAAGAGGUCAUGGACAGUAUUGCUGGAACAGCAUCUAAAAUGCAAAGAAGCCACUCACCAGUUCAACCCGGUCAUGUAACUAACACUUCUACUCCAUCAUCUCCUAGGAGUGUUACUGGAAGCUGUGGAGCACACAGUGGGUCUUCACAGUUAGUUCAAAAUGCCAGCUUACAAGGAAGCAGAGAAAGCCUCAACAGUUGUGGAUUUGUAGAAGGAAAACCAAGGGCAAUGGGAUCACCAAGACUAGGUAUUGCUAGUCUUUCUAAAACAUCAGAAUAUAAGCCACCCAGUUCUCCUUCUCAGAGGUGUAAAGUUUAUACACAGAAAGGAGUCCUACCUAGUUCAACACCUCCACAUUGUACACACAAAGAUUCUGGCUCACUCUUUGAUUCUGUCCCACAACCAGAGAUCCGAACCCCUCCUGUAGGAAUGAGCCCACAAGUCAUGAAGAGAUCUGUAUCUAGUUCAAGUCAUUUCUUUUCAGAAUCGGUACUUGUAGAUCAACUGUCAGCUGGUUCUGACGAGUCUAAAAAUGAAGUUCUUAGCACAACUAUGGUCACCGUACAACAGCCUCUGGAGCUCAAUGGAGAGGAUGAAUUGGUUUUUACUUUAGUUGAAGAACUAACAAUAAGUGGAGUCCUUGACAAUGGUCGUCCUACCAGUAUUAUCAGUUUUAAUAGUGACUGUUCUGUGCAGGCUUUGGCUUCUGGUUCCAGACCUGUAAGUAUUAUAAGUAGCAUAAGUGAGGACCUUGAAUGCUAUUCUAAUUCUGCACCAGUAUCUGAAGCCAACAUCACACAGUUCCUACCCCUUCCUAAGGCUGGACUGGAUGAAAAAGGUCAUCAAGAUGGCAGCAGGCGCUCUUCCAUCAGUUCCUGGCUCAGUGAAAUGAGCACAGGUAGUGAUGGGGAGCAGUCGUGCCACAGCUUCAUUGCUCAGUCAUGCUAUGGUCAUGGUGAAGCAAUGGCUGAUCCUCCCAUUUCUGAGUUUACAACUGCUUUGCAGAAUAUCAGCAUGAUAUGUACACACAAUAGACAGAAGCCAGUAAUAGAUAACAUGUUAAUUCAGUCUCAAAUGGCAGAGGCGGUCCAGAAUAAUAUAUUCCCUGUGAAUAAUUGCAAAAUUCCAGCAGUAGGGGAAACCAUGGUCACUAUAGCAAAAACCUCAAGUUUGAGUAGCUGUGAAAACUACAUUCCCAUGACAACAAACAUUGCGGUUUAUCCCUGCAUUGCAGUGAGUCCCUUUAAAUCUCAGGAGAGUAAUGAAUGUCUGCCAGGAUUAAAUCUACCUGACAAUUUUUCGCAGUCUAUUGAGAACAAUGAUCUGGAUUGUAAAAAGGAAACUAUAUUUGAUGAUCCUUGGCUAAAACGUGAAGAUGAUAUCAAAAGGGAGAACACGGAUUCCAUGGAGAGACAAAUGCCUGAAGCUGCUGACUGCAUGGCUGACCAUGACUUGUACAGAAAGCAAAGUAUGGCAGAUAGAUCAAGCAGUAGUAGUGGAGAGGGAAGCAUCUCACCACUUUCUGAAAACCUUAAGAGAAUAGUAGAUGGGUGUGAAAUGGUAUUAACCACGCAGAGUCCUGAUUAUUCACAAAGAGACAGCCUCCCAAGAGGUUUUGAAAGAUCUUGUAAGCAGAAGGAACAAGAUUUUAUGAGUUAUGACUCUGAGAUCAACACUACUGAAUUUGUAGCUCCACUACAGACAUCCAGAUCUACUUUAGAAAGAAGAGUUGCAUCUCCUAAACAUUGUGUUCUCACUCGCCCUAAAGGAACUCCACCACUGCCUCCAGUGAGAAAAUCGAGCCUAGAUCAUAAGAAUAGAGCAAGCCCCCAGCACAAUGCCAGCAGCCCUUCAAAACAUUCUCUUUCUUCCUUGCCUAGUCUUCCAGAUGAACUGAAUGGUAAAUUGUCAGGAUUCAGCAUGGACACCAGGAGCAACAGUAGUAGCAAAUUAUUCAGUGCCAAACUUGAGCAAUUAGCUAGCAGAACAAAUUCUUUGGGGAGGUCUAAUGGGAGCCAUUAUGAAUGCCAUUCUUUAGAAAGAGCAGGAAGCCUUUCAUCCAUGAGCUCAAGAAUGAUCCUUAGUAAAGAUAGCACUUUGCCAAGAUCUGGUAGAAGUCUCAGUCGGAGUAUCAUGUCAUCUCCAACUAACACUACUCAGUCAGCUGGAGCUUCACCCAAAUCUAGCCCUUCAAAAAUAUCAGCUGUAAGCAAGCUGCUUCUUGCCAGUCCUAAGGCUCGCAGCCUUUCCACCUCUGCAACCAAAACUCUAAGCUUCUCUACCAAAUCACUUCCACAGUCUGUAGGACGAAGCUCAAGCCUGCCACCUAAUGGGAAAAAUAUUUCUUGGUCAACACAGUCUCUUAGCAGAAAUAGAGUUUCUGGACUUGCUUCCAAACUACCACUCAGAGCUGUUAAUGGAAGGAUCUCAGAGCUACUCCAGGGAAGCACAGGUAACCGGGGAGUACAUUCACAUGGUAGUUCAGAUUCAGAUGAACGUGCAACUCUUAAUACAGAGGAGAAACCCAUUGUACACACUUUGCCUUCCCCAUAUAGCAAAAUUACUCCUCCUCGAAAACCUCACCGUUGCAGUAGUGGUCAUGGCAGUGACAACAGCAGUGUGCUCAGUGGUGAGCUGCCACCCGCAAUGGGCAAAACAGCCUUAUUUUAUCACAGUGGUGGCAGCAGUGGUUAUGAAAGCAUGAUGAGAGACAGUGAAGCCACAGGAAGUGGCUCUUCCGCUCAAGACUCUAUGAGUGAAAACAGCAGCUCUGUCAGUGGGAGGUGCCGAAGUCUUAAGUCAUCAAAGAAGCGAUCUAAUACAGGAUCACAAAGACGCCGGAUUGUACCAGCUUUAUCACUUGAUGCCACCUCUCCUGUAAGAAAGCCGGCCAACAGCCCAGGAGUACGUUGGGUAGACGGACCUCUACGUAAUGGGCAACGAGCCCUAGGAGAACCAUUUGAAAUUAAAGUUUAUGAGAUUGAUGAUGUGGAGAGGCUUCAGCGCCGCCGGAGUGAAGAUGGCAAGACGGCGACCAGAUUUAGCUCAAAGCUCAAGAUCCUGGCACAUCGCCAGCAGAGGAUUGCAGAGGUCAAGGCUAAAUAUGAAUGGCUUAUGAAGGAGUUAGAGAUCACCAAGCAAUAUCUAAUGCUGGAUCCUAAUAAAUGGCUCAGUGAAUUUGACUUGGAACAAACAUACGAGGUGGACUCCCUGGAAUACUUAGAAGCACUGGAAUGUGUGACAGAACGUUUAGAAAACAGAGUCAACUUCUGCAAAGCUCACCUUAUGAUGAUCACCUGUUUUGAUAUCACCUCAAGGCGUCGGUGAAGGUGGAGGAUUGAGUUUAUGGUAGUCCUAACGACGAUUAAACAGACUUACUCACCCCCAUAAUUAAGUUCACUCUUCCAACACCCAAAGACUUUGAAAUGACGACUGUAGAUGGACAGAGUAAUGUCGGAAUGCGACAGAGAAUGUGUAAAGAAGGGUAGAGGAAGAUUUCAAUGAGGAUGAGCACAUUUGCAAACUAUGUUUCUUAAUAAAAAAACACAAGUCAAGGAUAGGCAGAAAAUUAAAGAGAGCACUUUGAGAAACUUUAAAGGUUAUUUUUUGUAUAUAAAGACUGGUAGCAGGAUUGAGCAUUCCCCCCACUUUAUUAGCAGUGGAGGACAAGGAAGAAGGAACUAAAUGCUUCAGAAGUACUGUACGAAGAAGAGACAGCGAGACUGAUUAAGUGCCUUUUAAACCUUUAAUAUCCAAACAUUUAUGUUCAUACUUUCUUGUGUACAGAUGGUGCUAGUCACAGAAAACAAAACAAAAUCAGAAAAAAAACUUUUGUUUUUUUAUGUAUUUGUAGCUUGUUUUCCCAUUGUGUAUUAUCUUAACUCUGACUUGCUGUUUUAAGUACCUGUGUUUGUUGCAAUGUUUUCAGCUUAUGACUAUAUGUGAACUGUCUGUUAACAAUGUGUGACUACAAAGCAAAGAAUUCACAUGGUCGGUACCUGGUAAAGGUUUUUGUGACAGUUACUGGAGAUAUACAGCUUGUGUAUGCAUGUGUAGGUAUACAGUAUUAAAUGUACAAUGGGCACAGCUCCAUACAGUAUUAAAAGAAGAGAAACAUUU